AUUGCAACUGCAGUGAAGUUUUUACAGAAUCCCCGAGUCCGCCAAAGUCCGCUUGCAACCAGAAGAGCAUUUCUGAAGAAGAAAGGCCUGACAGAUGAAGAGAUUGACCUGGCGUUCCAGCAGUCGGGCACCAGCGCGGAUGAACCGCCGUCCGCAGCUCCUUCCAGCCAGCUGGUGCCCAGUCAGUCCGCUCCCCCCGUGUUGUACAGUCCACCUGCCUCCAGAUGGCGAGACUAUGGAGCUUUGGCUAUCAUUAUGGCAGGGAUUGCCUUUGGCUUCCACCAACUAUAUAAGAAAUACCUGCUCCCUCUCAUCAUGGGAGGCAAAGAGGACAGGAAACAACUUCAGAGGAUUGAGUCAAACAUUUCUGAGAUGAGUGGCAGUGUGACACAGACAGUGACUCAGUUACAGACAACUUUAGCAGCUGUUCAGGAACUGUUAAUACAGCAACAACAGAAAAUCCAAGAGCUCACCCAAGAGCUGGCUGCUUCUAAGGCCACAACUUCCACUAACUGGAUUCUGGAGUCACAGAAUAUUAAUGAAUUGAAAUCUGAGAUCUACUCACUAAAAGGACUUCUCUUGAACCGGAGGCAGUUCCCUCCCUCCCCUUCGGCUCCUAAGAUCCCGUCAUGGCAGAUCCCCGUGAAGCCAAGCUCACCCUCUAACCCUAUUGCUGCCAAUCAUAACAGCAGCAGCGACAUCUCACCGGUGAGCAACGAGUCGACUACCUCAUCGCCGGUCAAGGAGAACCACAGCCCCGAGGGGUCCAAGGUUGGCUGCCAUUUGCUGAGCGCAGAGGAAGGCAACAAGGCAGUGAUUGACGUCAAGAGCCAAGUGCGGAUGGAGGUGCAGGGUGAGGAGGAGAAACGGGAAAACAAAAGGAAUGAAGAGGAGGAAGAGGACGAUGAGGAUGAUGACGUGAGCCACGUGGAUGAGGAGGAAUGUCUGGGAGUCCAGACUGAGGACCGGCGAGGAGGAGAUGGGCAGAUAAAUGAGCAAGUGGAGAAGCUACGAAGACCUGAAGGAGCCAGCAAUGAGAAUGAGAUUGACUAAGGCAUCUUGGCUUCUUCCUCAGCUGCUGUACAUCUUCCCUAGCCUUCUGCACUGUCCCUGGUGCCUCUCCCAUUUUGUGGAGAGAAAUGCCCCCCAUCCCCUCCAGUGAUUCUUCCAUGAUUGACCUUGAAUAGGGUCAUAAUUGCCCAGCGAACAAGGUGGGCCCUGUUUCACCACAGGGCUGUGCAGUGUUGCAGUGGCUGCUUCUUCCCUCCCAGUCCCACCUUCUCCCCAUGCCCUGGGGUCACAGCCUAGGCUGGAAAACCAAUCGCCUUACCAUGCACCACAGCUACAGAACGAAGUCAUCGUACA